GGGGGCUGCGGGGGCUGCGGGGGCUGCGGCGGCCGCAUCCGGCCCCGACACCUCCCGGCAGAAGGGCUGGAGGGGACCCCGCGCCCGGCUCCGUCCCGAUCCCUCCCGCGGUGCAGGCAGGAGCCAUGACCCAGGGGAAGCUCUCUGUGAACAACAAACCCCCCGGCUCUGAGGGGCAGGGGGACAAGAAGGACAAUGCCACAGCCCCCCCGGCUCCUCCGUCCUAUGAGGAGGCGACAGCGGGAGAAGGGAUGAAAUCCGGGGCUUUUCCUGCCCCGCCCGCGGCCCCGCUCCACCCCAGCUGGGCUUACGUGGAUCCCAGCACCAGCCCCAGCUACGGCAGCGGGGGGUACCCGGGGGACACGGAGCUGCUCACGACCUUCAGCUGGGACGACCGGAACGUGCGCAGGGUGUUCAUCAGGAAGGUUUAUGCCAUCCUGAUGGUCCAGCUCCUGGUCACCGUUGUCAUCGUGGCUUUCUUCACCUUCUGUGAACCAGUCAAGGGCUACAUCCAGACCCACUCCGCCUGGUACUGGGCUUCCUACGCCGUGUUCUUCGUCACCUACCUGAUCCUGGCCUGCUGCUCCGGGCCCAGGAGAUACUUCCCAUGGAAUCUGAUCCUGCUCAGCAUCUUUACCCUGUCCAUGGCCUAUCUCACUGCGAUGCUCUCCAGUUACUACAACACCAAGUCGGUGCUGCUGUGCCUGGGGAUCACGGCCCUGGUCUGUCUGUCUGUCACCAUCUUCAGCUUCCAGAGCAAGUUCGACUUCACCUCGUACCAGGGCGUUCUCUUCGUGCUGCUCAUGGUGCUGUUCCUGGGGGGGCUGGUCCUGGCUGUCAUCCUGCCCUACCAAUAUGUCCCGUGGCUCCACGCGAUCUACGCUCUGCUCGGGGCUGGGAUCUUCACCCUGUUCCUGGCCCUGGACACGCAGAUGCUGAUGGGGAACCGCCGGUACUCGCUGAGCCCCGAGGAAUACAUCUUUGGAGCCCUCAACAUCUACCUGGACAUCAUCUACAUCUUCUCCUUCUUCCUGCAGUUCUUUGGCUCCAGCCAGGAGUGAGGGCAGCGGGGCAGGACGCUCCCUGUGCUGGCAAAUGCGAGGGGUUAAACUGGGGAGCAGAGGUGAAAGGGUUCAAAGCCGCCAGCCUGAGCCAAUCCCUCCCUUUCUGGCCCAUCCAACGCACUGAGGAGCCCCAGGCCCCUCCCGCAGCUUUGUACAUUUGCUGCCAGGCCUUUGUGACCCAGAGAGCAAAGCAGGGCUUCAGUGUCGUGUCCCUUCUGCUCCCCCCACUCCCGCCCAGCCCAAACCAGCCCAGGGGCUGGGGGCAGGAGACCGGGACCUGCCUGGCCCCAGGGGCUGCUGGAGGUGCCCUCUGAGUCCUGCCCAGGGCUGUGACAAAACAACAGUGAGGGCAGCAGAGCAGGAACUUUGCUUAGAUCCUGGCAGGAAAAGCAGCUGAGCCCAGGGAAAAGCCUUGGGGAAUCCUUGCACUGCCCUGUUUCCCACAGUCCAUGGGAGCUCGGUGGCCUCUGCGCUAUUCCUGGUGGCUCCUGCUGUUGGAAACGUGGAGUGUGGGAUCACGUAGCUGGAUUUCAGUGCUCCAGGCACAGAGAACCUGUUUGUUCAGGACGUGCAGCUCUCUGAGGUCAUCCCUGGUGCCACUGCAGGAAAAAUUCCCCUGGAUCCCUUGCAUCUGGCUGAGUGCCCUUCCCUUCCCUUCCCUUCCCUUCCCUUCCCUUCCCUUCCCUUCCCUUCCCUUCCCUUCCCUUCCCUUCCCUUCCCUUCCCUUCCCUUCCCUUCCCUGGGUCCCUCCCAGGGGGAUGUGCUGGUUCUCUUUGGAGCGUGGCUCCUCACCGAGGGAUUGGGAUCCCAGGGAAGGAAUAUUGCCAGGAAAUGGCAGAGAAGAGCUGGAGGAGGCUGAGUUUCCAUGCUGGGAGAUGCCAUUCCACGUGGGAAACGGGCUGGGGUCCUGUGACCCACGCUGAGGCUCUGAACCCCUCACAGAACUGUCUUGGUUGCUCCAAAUGAGCGUUCCUAAGGGGUUGUUUCCGGGGAUGGAGGCCACUGGAACAGCAACGUUCCCUCUCCCUGGCUGUUUUCCACUUCUCCUCUCCCAGACGGGGACGUCAGCGCGGGCUCUGGAUGUGCUCAGGUAACUUUCCACCGUGGCCACGCUCACAUUCCCUGUCUGGGGCUCAGCUGGCUGAUCUUGGGCUGUAAAGCUCCCCAGGGAGAUAAGGGGCCUUUUGCUCUCAUUCCAAGCGUGAUCCUUCCUGCAGAUAGCACCUGGUAUCUCCCAUCUCGCUGGGAAUGCCGGCGCGUGCGUCAGGGAGCUGCCUCCAGCAAUUCCUGCUGCACAGAGGCUCUGCCAGAACGCUGGAACGUUCCUGCUCCUUCUGCCCUGGGUUUUACCCCACACGUCCCGUCCUCCUGCCACACGUGUCCAGGGAAGGGCACUGUGCAGGGAAUGGAAACGCUCCGGCCCCUCCGCGGCUGCAGCGAUGAGCAGAAGUGAUGCCUUCCCCUUAUCUUCCUCCCUAAAACACCCCCCAAAAAACCCAACCAGGCCAAGAAACCCCAGUCAGACACAAAAAACCCCAACCAGACAAAAAAAUCUCAUCCAGGUCAAAAAAACCCCAACCAGACCAAAAAAACCCCCAACCAGACAAAAACCCCAACCAGACCCAAAAAAACCUCAACCAGAACAAAAAUAUCUCAUCCAGAUCAAACAUCUCCAAACCAGACAAAAAAAAAACCAAACCCCAACCAGACACAAAAAACCUCAACCUGACAAAAAAAAUCUCAUCCAGAUAAAAAAAAAAAAUCCCAACCAGACCAAAAAAAUCUCAUCCAGAUCAAAAAUCUCCCAACCAGACAAAAAACCCCAACCAGACCCAAAAAAACCUCAACCAGAACACAAAUAUCUCAACCAGACACAAAAAACCUCAACCAGAACACAAAUAUCCAGAUCAAAAAUCUCCCAACCAGACCAAAAAAACCCAGCCAGACCCGAAAUCCCCAAGCAAAGCCGAGCUCUUUGUAGGGAUGAAGGCCACCACGAGGUGAUGCCAGCAGGAAGUUCAUGCCCUGCUGGCUCCUGCUGAGGAGAACCAAAUCCUUGGAUUGCGGAGCAGGCAGGACUGGGAAUUGCACGGGAGGCACCCUGAAAGUGGAUGGAAUAAGAGUUUCAAGAGGGAACUUCCCGGCCCUCAGCAGACUGGCUGGGCAGCCUUUCCUUGCUCACGGUUAUUUCCUGUAGGGAUUUGUGCUUUCCAGGCUUGGAGGGAGGAGUGUGGAGCUCCAUGAUGAGCUCUGGCUCUGAAAUAGUCCCAGAACUCCUCCAAAAUGCCCUGCUGGGAGCUGGGGAGGAACACACGGACCUGCAGCCCCCUCUGGAAUUGUUCUGUUUCCUUCUGGUGUGGAGUAACUUUGCUGCUGCUGCUGCAUCCUGGCUUAUUGCUGAUAUCUCCUGCCUUUCUGCUGAUAUCUCCUGCCUUUCUGCUGAUAUCUCCUGCCUUUCUGCUGAUAUAUUCUGCUUUUCUGCUGAUAUAUUCUGCUUUUCUGCUGAUAUCCCCUGCCUUUCUGCCCCUGCAUCCCAGCUUUUCUGCUCCUAUUGGGAACACCUGGCAUGACCCCGCUCCAGGCACCUGGCUGGGGGGCACUUCUACCCUCCUGUGUCCCUUGCACAUGUCCUGGUCCCUUUUCCACCCUGAUCCCACCCCAGCCAGCCCUGCUGGAUGCUGAGCACUGCCCUGCUCGGGGAGCUGGAGCUCCUCGGGAGGCUGAGGAAUGCAGGAUUUGGGGUGGGAUGUGGAGGGCUGCUCCCCCUCCCCCUGUGUCCUCCACCCAAAAUCCCCACCCAGCUCCAUAUCCCAGUCCUUUGGAGCGGUUGUUCCUAUGAUUUCACUGUAAAUAGAAUUUUGUAUCUUCUCUGACUAUUGCUAAUAAAUGGUUGCAAAACUGUG